GGCUGCCCCUCCCUCUCUUACUAUAACUACAUCGCUUCUUCUUCCUUUGCUCGUCAAUCCAAACUCGCCUCACAACCUUCACAAUGAGUUAUUCAGACAACAUGAAUGAAGACCGUAUCAUCGCUGUCUGCCUAGAACAAGUUUCGGUCCAGACCACCCCGUCGAGGCAAUCUUCGUCAUCGUCAAACGACGUCGUCAUUUCAGUGGAUGAGAUCAGUGUAUUCAUGGAAGAUAUAACAAAUGUUACGCAUCUAGAAGCUGCGGCUGCAUCGUCGGGAGAGAUAAGACUGUGUCGUUUUUGCCAUGAGGAAGACCUUGUCAGGCACCUUGAAGCACCCUGUGCUUGCAGUGGCACUAUCAUGUACGCCCACCGUCGUUGCACCACUGAUUGGUGCAACACCAAGGGCGACAUCCGGUGCGAGAUUUGCCAGCAGCCCUACGGUCCUGAUUAUGCUGUGACGACUGAAAGCACAUCGUCGACCCAAACCAGGCAAAUCCUAUCCCUCUUUUUUUCUCGCAAUCUCUCCCCCCCCCCCCCCGGUGUAUAAACUUGUCUGUGUAUUAUUAUAUUGGCAGGGUGGUACUGGAUAGUUCGACUACUCCGAGUACUCCGACCACUAUUACACAAGUGCAAUCCCCUCCACAGCAACCAGACCAGCAGAGAACAGCUGCUCUUGCUUGGUGGGCUUAUAACUUGAUGGUUCCCUGUCGCGGAUUGCUCUAUGCAGCCUUGCUCGUCCUCGUACUUAUGAUGCUGCUGGCGCCGUUCUCUCUACUUUCGUGCCUCUACGAAUGCCAGUAAGUCGUCUGAUGAAUUAGUUGCAGUCUUGGUCUUUCAGUUCAGUACUCCACUAGAUUGCGCCUUUCACAUAUCCUAUCAAUAACGCAUCAUUAUGAAUUUGGUGAACGGACUUAGAGUUAGAGGCAUGGUUCACGAGUAUUGGGAGAGAAGAAAUCGAACAGCUGUCAAUGGAGAUGCUCCAGGGCGUCUAGCAUCUGAGAGAACCAGCGUCUAAUUUCAUUUCUUUUGUUUUACUGUGCUUUUUAUAAUAUAGGGAAGAA